UCAUGGACUGUAGUUCAAGUUUUCCUCCGCACAGACGGAAAGUCACUUCUUCGGAGGCCGUAAAGACUCCAAACCCCAGCGAGGACCGCUUCCCUCUCGCUUUUCCCUCCUCCUCCGUCAAACUGGGGGGGAGUAGUCACAGCUGGAAGGAUAAGAAGAUGCGCAUGAAUUUACAAACUGGAAUAAAAAGAUAAGGGGAAUUAAACGGAGCUGCACGUUUGUCUGAGUACACAGGCUCAGCUGGUGUUUGUCAGAUGUUGCGAACSACGCUGCGCCGUUUUUUUUUCCCGCGUGUGACUUCCCAGGCAAAAGUUUAACAAGAAGAAAAAAGAACCGCAGAAGAGCAAACUUCAGGCUUCCUUCAUUUGAUGGAGCUGAAAAGUUUCAUCUUCACUUGCCCGACGAUGGGAAGAGAAGCGCCUUUCGCUGGGAGUGGAGGUUUCCUGUGGUCAGAGUGGAUUACUGACUUCUGUAAAGGGAAAGAGCAAAACUCCAGGAUAUGAAGUUUGCUGCGGUGACCCUCCUGCAGAAAUCUGUGGACUUUUCCUCCAUCACAUGUCCAUCCAGUUAAUAAUGCACGUGUUGUGUGAGCUCAGGUGGGUGGGUAGGAUAAAUAGCAUAAACACAAAUAAACAGUGCUGACUCACCACAACUGAUGAGGAGCAAAUAUUUUUCGCACAAGCCUAUCCGCGGGGACCGAGGGGUGCUUUUCUCUGCCGGCCGUCACUGAAUCUGCCACUAUUCAGCCUCUCACGUCGCAACCGGAAGGAACCUCAAUGUCUGCCUCCUCUCCUCCGUCCUUACCCCGAGCCUUCCUCCACUCUCUCCAUCCGCACCUCCCGCCCUCRCCUACCCUGCCCGGACAGAUCUACCAGCGGCUGUCCAACGGCAGCCCCAGCGCCCCCAGCCCCACCAACUCCCGSAGCUCCUUCCAUGGCGUCUCCUUCUUGCUGCAGAUCGGACUGACCAGAGAGACGGUGAACCUGGAGGCCACCGACCUCACUCUGUCCGCCGUCAAGGACCUGGUGUGCUCCAUAGUUGAUCARAAGUUCCCAGAGUGUGGCUUCUUUGGCAUGUAUGACAAGAUCUUGCUGUUCCGCCACGACUUAAACGAUGAGAACAUCCUGCAGAGGCUGACCUCAGUCGAAGACAUCCACGAAGGGGACCUCAUCGAGGUGGUGCUCUCUGCUCAAGCCACAGUUGAAGACUUCCAGAUCCGACCUCAUGCCCUCUACGUCCACUCCUACAAGGCCCCCACCUUCUGUGACUACUGUGGGGAGAUGCUGUGGGGUCUCGUCCGGCAGGGGCUCAAAUGUGAAGGAUGUGGGCUGAACUACCACAAACGUUGUGCCUUCAAGAUACCWAAUAACUGUACUGGUGUGAGGAAGAGGCGAUUGUCCAAUGUUUCCUUGCCAGGACCGUCUCUCUCUGUUCCAAGACCGCCACCUGCUGAAAAUGCAGUGGUUGUCCCUGAUGAGCAACAGCGCUCCCAUCAGGAGGCGGGGAAGCGCAUCCUGUCCUGGAGCGGCAGGCCCAUCUGGAUGGAUAAGAUGGAGAAAACUCGGGUCAAGGUGCCGCACACCUUUGCCAUCCACACCUACACCCGGCCGACCAUCUGCCAGUACUGCAAACGUCUGCUCAAGGGUCUCUUUCGCCAGGGCAUGCAGUGUAAAGAUUGCAGAUUUAACUGCCAUAAACGAUGUGCUUCGAAGGUACCAAGAGACUGUUUGGGGGAGGUGGAUUUCAAUGGAGAGCCAGCCAGCCCCGGGCCAGACUCUGACACCACCAUGGAUACUAUGGAGGUGGACAGCAGUGAWAUGGAUGGUGGCAGAGGACUGGAUGAUCCAGAUGAACCGUCCACUCCAGACGGGAUGUUUGGCAUGRAUUCUCCAUUUGUCGAUAGAGAGAAGGAUGAAGAGCCCAUCAAGACUAUAAGUCCUUCCACAAGCAGCAACAUCCCUCUAAUGCGGGUGGUCCAGUCCAUCAAACAUACCAAGAGACGGAGCUCCACUGUGGUGAAGGAAGGCUGGAUGGUUCAUUAUACGAGCAGGGACAACCUGCGGAAGAGACAUUACUGGAGACUGGACAGCAAGAGUCUGAGUCUUUUCCAGAACGACACCGGAGCCAAGUUCUAUAAAGAAAUCCCUCUGUCAGAGAUCCUUCAGGUCGAACCCUUCAGGGACUUCAGUAAUCUGGCUCAGGGCAGCAACCCUCACUGCUUUGAGAUCAUCACAGCCACCAUGGUCUACUAUGUAGGCGAGAACAACGGCAGUCACUACCACAGCCCGGUCCUGGCUGCUUCGGGGGUCGGCGUGGAGGUGGCCCAAGGCUGGGAGAAGGCCAUCAGACAGGCCCUGAUGCCUGUCACCCCUCAGCCCAGUGUAGCCAGUGCUGUGGGUCAGGGCAAAGAUCACAAAGAGCUGUCCAUCAGCAUAUCUGUGUCCAACUGCCAGAUCCAGGAGAAUGUGGAUAUUGCCUCUGUGUAUCAAAUAUUCUCUGAUGAAGUGCUGGGAUCAGGUCAGUUUGGCAUCGUGUACGGAGGGAAGCACAGAAAAAGCGGCAGAGAUGUGGCCAUAAAGGUUAUAGACAAAAUGAGAUUUCCUACUAAGCAGGAGAGCCAGCUACGGAACGAGGUGGCCAUAUUACAGAAUCUGCAUCAUCCGGGUAUCGUUAACCUGGAGUGCAUGUUCGAGACACCGGAGCGGGUGUUUGUCGUCAUGGAGAAGCUGCACGGUGACAUGCUGGAGAUGAUCCUGUCCAGUGAGAAGAGUAAACUACCAGAACGGAUCACCAAGUUCCUGGUCACUCAGAUCCUGGUGGCCUUGAGGCAUCUGCACUUCAAAAAUAUUGUUCACUGUGACUUGAAGCCUGAAAAUGUACUACUGGCCUCUGCAGAGCCUUUUCCACAGGUAAAGCUAUGUGACUUCGGCUUUGCUCGUAUCAUCGGCGAGAAGUCGUUCCGGCGGUCAGUGGUGGGCACCCCGGCCUACUUGGCCCCCGAGGUGCUGCGCAGCAAAGGCUACAACCGCUCCUUAGACAUGUGGUCCGUGGGGGUCAUCGUAUACGUCAGCUUGAGCGGGACCUUCCCUUUCAACGAGGACGAGGACAUCAACGAUCAGAUCCAGAACGCGGCCUUCAUGUACCCCCCGACGCCCUGGAAGGACAUUUCGGCAGAAGCCACAGAUCUGAUCAACAAUCUUCUCCAAGUGAAAAUGAGGAAGAGGUAUAGCGUGGACAAAUGUCUCAGCCAUCCCUGGCUACAGGAUUACCAGACUUGGUUGGACCUGAGGGAAUUCGAGACACGUUGUGGCGAGCGCUACAUCACCCAYGAGAGCGAUGACGCACGCUGGGAGGAGUACGCAGACGAGAACAAUCUUGUUUACCCCAAACAUUUUAUCAUGGCUCCCAACCUGGACGACAUGGAGGAGGACCCCUAGUGGCUAAUAGCGUGUACUGCACCAUUUGUAUGAAGGACAGGGAUUGUCACAGGGACUUUUGGCGAGAAGUUUUGGGAGCGGCAGACCUUCCCUCCAGAACUGUUUGUUGUGGAAACAGAUCAAAGCCGAUCGAAGGGAGAAUUCCUCUCCAGAUGCUUUGAAAGUGGGGAAAAACCCGACAGACUUCGCAGCGUGAUGCGCCGCCACCGCCGAGCAGGCGGAGCGGCGGGUGUCACAGAAACGCAUUAAGUGACUGUCAGGAGAGAGGAGAGUCCUUUCUUCCUUUUUUAUAAAGUCUGCAAACAUUCCAUGGACUUUUUCAGUUUUGGUUCAGGACGAUCUCAAGCCUAAAGCCAAGCCUGAAAAGUAAAUAUGCUAAUGUAGACGUAAUUCUGGACAGUGUUGCACAAUGGUCUUGAGGUAAAAGAGGAAAUCAGCAACAAAAUCAGAGUCACACCAGGAGUAAAGGGCUCUUUUCACAAGGGAUUUACAGUCUGAGAACUAAGUUCUCACUCCUGAACUAUUUGUGAAUCUGUCCUUUGGCAUGAACUGGAACUACAACAUUCUUUUUUUUAAUUCAAGAUUGUGAACUUAUUGUGAAGACUGUAUUACUUAACAUGUUAAAUAAAGCCAAUAAAGCUCUUCAACAGGAGGCUAAAACAAGCAGCGGGCUCCUGAUGGCA